CACCUACUCCUUUUUUUUGGGUUUAGUUUCUUCAACACUUUCUCCAUGCUUCUUCUUUGAAACUUUCUCGGGGAAAAACCAGCUCUGUUUUUAGCUCUGUUUUUGGGUGGUAAUGGAGAGGCAUAAGUGUAGAUUGUGCUUUAAAAGUUUUGCAAAUGGAAGAGCUUUAGGAGGGCACAUGAGGUCUCACAUGUUGAAUCUUCCAGUUCCUCCAAAAUUACCAGAAGAAUCGCCUGUUCAACUCAGUGAGGAGGCUGAGUCAGCACCAUCAUCGUCUUCAUCGGAAGAAGAUGAAGAAGAAGAAGAAGAAAAGGGGCAGUUUUAUGGGUUAAGAGAGAACCCAAAGAGAAGUAUUCGCUUGGUAGAUCCUGAAUUCUCUUUGCCUGUUGAUGCUGGGUCUGUUAUUCUUCAAGACAGGGAAAGCGAGACUGAGUCGUCCAGGAAUCCAACUCGAAGACGAUCCAAGCGGAAUUGGAAGCAAGAUCAUGAAUAUCAUCACCGGCAACAGAGUCAAGAGCAUGAAAACACCAAGAAGUUGAAAUUUAGCCAACUCAACAAGGCUGAGUCAUGGGCGGCGGAGCCUGAACCGUUGAGUUCCAUCUCCGAUGCUACUAACGAGGAAGAUGUCGCUUUCUGUCUCAUGAUGCUUUCUAGAGACAAGUGGAAGAAAAAUGAACAGAAACAAAAAGAACCAGAACAAGAGACAGAACAAGAACAAGAAGAAGAAACAGAGGAAACAGAUGAUUCUGACGAUUCCAAAUUGUACAAGAACAAUCGAUCUCGAGGCAAAUACAAGUGCGAAACAUGCAACAGAGUGUUCAAAUCAUAUCAAGCACUGGGCGGACACCGAGCGAGUCACAAAAAGAUCAAACUUUUAAAUCCCUCCCCAGCUCGUGAACCCGAGAUGGACCCAGAAAAUGUAGGUACUUCUUCAGUGGCAGACAAGAAAAUCCACGAAUGUCCUGUUUGUUUUAGAGUUUUCUCAUCUGGGCAAGCUUUGGGUGGACAUAAACGAUCUCACGUAACUGGUCUAGUUGCAACUCCUGCUAAAAGUACCACUUCCAUGAAGUUUGGAGAAAACAGUUUCAUAGAUCUUAACCUCCCCGCCCCCAUAGAAGACGAUGACUACAGCCAAAUUGAGCUCUCUGCUGUGUCCGAUGCUGAAUUUGUGAACCACGUCAGGAGAUAAAGCAAUUUUUCUGAUUCAAAGGUAAGAAACAAAAAAAAAUUCUGCUUACAUCUCCCGAUUUUUGGAUCUAAGAUUUUUUCCAGUUUCUAUUCAUAGACUAUAUAUUGUACCUGUUUUUCUAACUAUAAUUCUUUCUUUUGAAGAAUUACCAUGAGUUCUGUUCUGUAACAACUGAUUUACUAUUCCCAUGAACGGAAGAACAAUAAUUUUUAUUUUAAACA